CAGGCGCAGAGGACUGGGUUUGGCUGGACUCGAUUUAAAGAGACAGAAGCCGUCAGAGUCCAAGAAGACGGUCCCCAAGACCCUCCCCCCAAGACCUUGGGACCACUUGGGUCCCCAAAGCUGGGGAGAUGGUUUGCGGUGGCUUUGCCUGCUCCAAGAAUGCGCUCUGCGCGCUCAACGUGGUCUACAUGCUGGUAGGCUUGUUGCUCAUUGGAGUGGCUGCUUGGGGUAAGGGCCUGGGUCUGGUGUCCAGCAUCCACAUCAUCGGAGGAGUUAUUGCUGUGGGAGUCUUCCUUCUCCUCAUCGCGGUGGCUGGACUGGUGGGUGCUGUCAACCACCACCAAGUACUGCUAUUCUUUUACAUGAUCAUCCUUGGUCUGGUCUUCGUCUUCCAGUUUGGAAUCUCUUGCUCAUGUCUGGCUAUUAACCGAAGCAAACAGACAGAUGUCAUCAAUGCUUCUUGGUGGGUCCUGAGCAACAAGACCCGGGAUGAACUGGAAAGAAGUUUUGAUUGUUGUGGCUUGUUCAACCUUACAACCCUGUAUCAACAAGAUUAUGCUUUCUGCACUGCAAUCUGCAAGAGCCGGAGCUCCACGUGCCAGAUGUGUGGAGAAAAGUUUCUUAAGCAUUCAGAUGAAGCCCUGAAAAUCCUGGGGGGUGUUGGACUCUUCUUUAGCUUUACAGAGAUCCUGGGUGUUUGGCUAGCGAUGAGAUUUCGGAAUCAGAAGGAUCCUCGAGCCAACCCCAGUGCCUUUCUAUGAGACUGUGGAGCCUUCUGAUUUCUCUCCUGCUCUCUGUUCUCCCUAAGCUUUUUCUCCCUCCCUUAGGGAAAACCUAGGGUCUAUAGCCCUUUUUGUUUGAGAAAGAGGAAAGGCCCUUUGCCACAUCGCCUAAAGACGACUUAAUAGCUGGGCUUUACGCCUUCACAUGUUUUAGUGGGAGCAAGAUUAUAAAGAAUAAAGAACUUCUCCCCUCUCUCCCCAAGUGGACAGGGGAGCCUCCUGGGAGUGCAUGAGAUGGGAUGGGGUUGGAGUCACUCCUGGCUCUGUUGCCCCUCUUCUCCCUUCCACAUCCUGGCCUGGCUCCAAGGGUGAAUCGGGGACAGAGCCCGGGAGAAAGCCACCAAGAACUCCUGCUUGUAAUAAGCAGGAGCCAGUUUGGGGGAGUUCAGUGAAUAUAAAAAUAAAAGCCAUUUAAACUCUA